AUGGAGCAACUGAGCGUAAGUCAGACCUUGCAUUCAGGGCUGAAUCGACACACAAGUGAUGUUGAUGAUGAGAACAAAGAGAGAAAGAAGCUGAAUCUUGCCCUUGAUGAAAUAAAACUGGAUAAGGAGGACCUGUGCGUGAUAACAAAAGAAAUGGAGAAACAGGUGUUUGAGACAAACCAACAAAAUACCUUGUUGGAAUGUCAAGUGAGAAAAGAAAUGGAAACCUCCUCCAAAAGAAAAGGAGCAGCAAGUGAGACUUCCUUAGAGCUUGAAGCUGAACUAAAGAAAGAAAUAAAAAUGGUGAGAGGAAAGGUGGAAAUGAAAAGAAUAGAGAAUUCAACAAGCAGGCAAGUGACCUUCUCAAAGAGGAGAAAUGGGCUUAUGAAGAAAGCAUAUGAGCUAUCAGUUCUUUGUGAUGCUGAAGCUGCUUUGAUUAUUUUUCACCGAAAGGAAGACCUCUACGAAUUCUCCAGCUCCGGCUAA